UGCGCGGGAGGAGCAGCCUGCAGGGUACCAUCGGCAACAUGCCGGAUGUCCAGGACAGCGCGCCCCCGAAGGACCCUGGCGAUGCAGAGAGCGGGACCUGCCCGCCCGAGACAUCGGGACCGUCCCAGGAACGCCACGGCGCCCCCAAGGACCCCUCUCCACGCCCGCUGCUGACCAGAGGUCUUCAGAGAGGUCUUAGUCCUGGACAGAAAAGCGACCCAGGUCUGACAGAGACGAUGAAUGAGGUUUCCAAGCUGAGCACCGAGACUGGGAUGAAUCAUGAUUUACGCAGGAAAGAGAAGAUUUUCCCUCCAAGCAGCCUGGAGAGCAAGGGCAAGGAGACGAUGCACAAUGCUUUCUGGGACCAUCUUAAAGAGCAGCUAGCGGCCACGCCCCCUGACUUCAGCUGUGCUCUCGAACUUCUCAAGGAAAUUAAAGAGAUCUUGCUAUCGCUGCUAUUGCCACGCCAGAACCGCCUAAGAAAUGAGAUCGAAGAAGCCCUCGACAUGAACUUCCUCAGCCAGGAGGCAGAGCACGGGGCCCUGGAUGUCCCUCACCUCUCUAAGUACAUCCUCAGCAUGAUGACGCUGCUGUGUGCACCAGUUCGAGAUGAAGCAGUGCAGAAGCUAGAGGACAUUACAGACCCUGUUCCGUUACUGAGAGGCAUCCUCCAGGUGCUGGGCCUCAUGAAGAUGGACAUGGUGAACUACACGAUCCAGAGCCUUCAGCCCCACCUGCAGGAGCACUCCAUCCAGCACGAGCGGGCGCAGUUCCAGGAGCUCCUCAGCAAGCAGCCCGGCCUCCUGGACUACACCACCAAAUGGCUGACCCAAGCAGUGGCAGACCUCACCACACCACCCUCGACUUGCCCUGACACUCCUGACUCCUCGGGUGUGCCCGGUCCCUCACCCAGUGAGGCAGCCAACGUCCCAGAGCCCCUCAGCCCCACCAUGGUGCUGAUCCAGGGCUUCCUGAAUCUCCUCCUCUGGGACCCUGAAAACGAGGAGUUCCCGGAGACACUGCUGACGGACAGAGCCCGGCUGCAGGAGCUGGAGACGCAGCUGCGCCAGUUAACCGUCCUGGCCUCGGUCUUGCUAGUGGCCAGUAGUUUCUCCGGCAGUGUUUUGUUCGGCUCCCCCCAGUUUGUGGAUAAACUGAAACGCAUUGCCAAAUCCCAGAUGGAGGACUUUGACUCCAGGCCCGAGGAGGCUAUGGUGACUGUGAGUGAACAGGUUUCUCAGGAAAUCCAUCAAAGUCUCAAGAAUAUGGGCCUCGCUGCUCUGAGCAGUGACAGCACAGCGUCUUUGACAGGCCAGCUUCAGAACAUCGCCAAGAAAGAGAACUGUGUCCGCAGUGUGAUUGACCAGCGGAUCCACUUGUUUCUCAAGUGCUGUUUGGUUCUCGGGGUGCAGCGAUCUCUGCUAGACCUUCCCGGAGGCCUUACUGUCAUUGAGGCGGAGCUGGCAGAACUGGGCCAGAAGUUUGUCAACCUGACGCAUCACAACCAGCAGGUGUUUGGCCCCUACUACACUAAGAUCCUGAAAGCCCUGGUCUCCCCAGUCCAGGAGCUGGAAACAAAAGUGGAAUCUGUGUGAUAGACCAGCUCAGAGCCCUGGCCCUUCGGACCCAGGGGAGGCCCAUCGUCCUCCUGGGUAACAUCGUCAGUGACUAGCAAAGCAGCAAGCUCCCCAUCCCCUGAACCACUAUGCCAAGGCUGUGGGGAUCCAGCAUGUAAACACCAGCUGGCCCGAACCCGCUCACUAAUAAACUUCUGAACCGCAAGCAAACCUCCACUCUUCCUGUGCCGCAGCUGAGGCCAGGCCCCUGCUUUAGCUUCCGACUAGCUGAGGAGCUGACCAGCCCUCAGUUUCCCUUCUCUGACUCUGCGUACCUGUCAACAGGCAGAGCCGAACAGCCAAGACUAGCCACGGUGCUAGUAUCACUUUCUCUAAGGGUAAGGAAAGUUUUAAGGGCUCUGAGAACUCAGUGUAAUUAUCCGAAAUGUGACUAUAAGGACUUCUCUGGAAGUCUUCAUUUUGUCCAGCAUAGCCCAAGCAAGGACAUGGUUGGAAAAAAAGUUCAUUUAGUUCAACAACGCCCUGAAGGUUUCAAACGAUGCAACAAGAAGUGGAGGAGGAGUAAGAGGCUUCCCCGCUGCUUCUGUUGCAGUCUGAAGCCUCAGGCACCCUGGGGGCUGGAAGAGAACGGAUGUUGGCUGCAGGCAAGCGAUCUGUUCAGGACAGGUUUCGGAGCACGCCAGGUCACUUGUUCGCCUCUCUCUAAGCUGCCUAGUUGAGUCUUGGACAGUUAGGUCAGUGACUGGCCUGGACCCACGUUUAUCCUUGGUCUUGUUCUCUAGCCCAGAAGUCUCCCGUUCCUCGUCUCUCCACUUAGAACACCCCGUUCUUCACGACAGAGGUGAUGUGGCCGUUCAGAAGUGGAGAGCCUCCAUCCGCCAUCCCACUUUCAGUGUGGGCAGUUGUGGUUGGGAGUUCUUGUUGGCAUGACUAAUGAGAGCGAUUCUAGAAGGCCCUGGACUUGUCUCCUGAGACUGCAGUGAUGCAACCCGUAGUUUUCAGACAGACUGCAACAGCCCAGUCCCAACCCGGUGUUGCUGAAAUGAAGAAAAUGUCCCGUUCAGAUUUGGUCCUUUUUCGUAAUGGACAAGAGAAGAUGGAAGCUGCCUGUGUGUUCUCAAAGCGAGGCGAAGACCAACUUGUGUUCUCAUGGCAGGAGACGGCAGGAGCUCAGUGUACCCCACGAGGAAGAGCGCAGGAGAGAUUUGUUUUGUUAGGCCUAGGGUUUCCUUCUAAUGGAUUUCAUUUUUCCAUAGGGCACGUCGUAUGUGGAUGACAGAGCUAGGUCGGCAGGGAGACUCGUGCUAUAAUAUAAUCAGAAAGGCUGGGGGGCUCAGUUUCCGGUCUUGGAACUAGACAGCUUCACAGUGGGAAGGUCCAGAGAAAGUGGUCUAUUUAAUAAACAGUGAGGCUUGCCUACUUGAACUCUCUGAUUUGUAUGUAUUCAUUUGAAUUUUUUAAAAACCCCACAUUUUGGAAGCCUCAUUAUCUUAGUGGCAAAAGUGCUCUGAAGGGAUUCCUGUAAAGAAGACUGUCUGGUUGGGGGUGCAGAGACUGGGCCAACAAUAGAACCUGGCUUUGUACUUCAUAAUUAAAAUCUGGAAUCAUCA